AUGGUCCGCGCACUCGAGUUUUAUUCGGGCAUCGGGGGCUUGCACCUCGCGCUCGCGCAGAGUAAGAAGGUCAAAGGCUCGGUGGUGCGCGCAUUCGAUUGGGACCAGGCUGCUUGCCGCGUAUAUGCGGCGAAUCAUGGUCAGAAGGACAUCGUGAGAAAGGUCGACAUUUCGUCGCUCACCGCGAAGGAACUUGCGGAGCUGGACGUACAGCUUUGGCUGCUUUCCCCGUCUUGUCAGCCUUAUACUGUCUUGAACCCUCUCGCAAAAGGGGCAGAAGAUCCACGAGCCAAGUCUUUCAUCCGUCUCGUUGAGGAUGUGCUGCCAGAGCUGGUCCGCAUGCGUGUGCAUCCACGCUGUAUGCUCGUGGAAAACGUGGCAGGUUUUGAGACAUCCUCGACCCGCAUUCGCCUGCUCACCACGCUGAAGAAUCUUGGCUAUUCCACGGUCGAGUUGCUUCUGACGCCGUUGCAGUUUGGCAUCCCAAACUCGCGGCUUCGGUAUUAUCUUCUUGCUAAAAGCGACUCCAUGCGCUUCCCCCACGUAGACGAGCUGCAAGAACGCGUUUGGCGACAUAUACCCGGGCAUGGACACGACUGGACUGAUACACGCACAUAUGGCGAAGGAGAAGUCGUGGAUGCUCCCGUCGCAGCCCUCCGGGAGUACCUCGAUGACGAUAUUCACGUGAGCCCACACCCGCAUGCCAUCCCUGAGAAGGUGCUCGAAAAGUGGGGUCGUCUCUUCGACAUCGUUCUGCCGUCCGCAACACGAACCUGCUGUUUCACUCGAGGGUACACCAAGCUGGUCGAAAGAGCGGGAUCAAUCCUGCAGGAGAACGAGGAGCUGGACCGGGAGGGCCACGACGAUGCGGUGCGGCUUCUCGAGCCCCUGCGUCUGCGAUACUUCUCGCCCACCGAGCUCCUCCGUCUCUCCGGCUUCUUCCCCACGCGCAAGGAGACAGGCGCAAGGGUCGAUUUCGUUUGGGCCGAGGACAUCUCGACGAAGACGAAGUACAAGCUGAUUGGGAACAGCGUGAAUGUACGGGUAGCUAAAGAGCUGAUCGACUACCUGUUUGAAUGA